UCCCCACCCUGUAACCGACUCUCCUCAGACUGUUGUUUACUUCUCCUCACAACCAGGCUAUAGUUUCCCGCCCACAGAUGGGGCAGUCUCAAUAUAGUUCUGACCAAUCAAAGCGCGCCAAACCCUAACUGGGUCCACAAUGGCAGCCAAUCGGGCUCCUCUGUGCUCCGCCUCCUUACUACUGUCCGUCUUCCAGCAGACAGACGUGGUCCUCCCCUUCAGCCACCAAUCAGAGACCUGUUUACAUGCCACAGCGUGAGUAAAAUGAAGGCGGAGCGGGGCUCGGAGAUCACAAGUUCGGCCCAUUUUAAGUGACGUUUUCAUUUUAACGCGUCACUAUUGGUUGGGGAGUUUGUCAUUGAUUCCGAUAGUCCAGGUGACGCAGGCGGGCGGGGUCACGUGUUGUUUUCGCCGUGCCGCUCUCCCUCGCCCGCUGUAGUCUGUCUGCGGUGUGUGUACGCGGCGGGAGGACUCGUUGCCUGUUCGGGAAGAAGGAAAUUCCCGUCUACAUCAUGAACGUCCCAUAAUAUUUACUUCGUUUAACGCAGCAGUGCGCGCUUUAAUUCAUUCACUGUGUGCGGAAAGCAGCCGGCGCUCGUCACACGCCGCAGUCGAGAGGCCAACAGAGGGGCUCUCCAACCCCCCCCCCCACAUGGCGGGUGUCCUAAACGAAGAGGACAAAUCCUGUCGAGCUACUGCAGCAAUGAGGGUACUACCGCCGCCUCCCGCUCCUGUCCAGCAGUGUGCUGAGGAGAACGGCUAUCGGCGGCUGUCCGGACCGGUGCUAUCGCAAGUGCAAGAGGAGUGUGUGACCGAUUCGUCUGCCGCAGCGCUUACCUCCGCGCCGGGGGAGGACGAUGUGAGGAAACGCGGCUACCUGAGGAAGCAGAAACAUGGCCACAAGCGGUACUUCGUGUUGAGGAGUCAGAGCCAUCUGGGUCCUGCCCGACUGGAGUAUUACGACAACGAGAAAAAAUUCCGGAGCUCCCAGAGGGCAGGCGGAGGUGCCGGGUGCCCCCCUAAGAGGGUCAUUCCGCUUUACCUGUGCUUUACCGUGAGCCGCAGGGCGGACGCCAAGAACAAGCACCUGCUGGCCCUGUACACCAAGGAUGAGUACUUCGCUAUGGUGGCAGAGAGCGAGCAGGAGCAGGACGCCUGGUACCAAGCCCUCAGCGAGCUCAUCAACGAGAAUAAGAAGGCCUGCCUGGACACCGAGGAGCUGGAGGAGAACUACGGGGCCCUGAGAGCCGGCACUCUCUUCAAGGAGGUGUGGCAGGUGACCGUGAAGCCCCGGGGUCUGGGGCAGGCCAAGAACCUCUCCGGAGUGUACAGACUGUGCCUGUCCAGCAAGGCAGUGCACCUGGUCAAGCUGAACUCCGACGUGGCCUGCGUCCACCUGCUGCUUAUGAACAUCAGGAGGUGCGGGCACUCGGAGAACUACUUCUUCAUAGAGGUGGGUCGCUCCUCGUCCACGGGGGCCGGAGAGCUGUGGAUGCAAGUGGACGACUGUGUGGUGGCCCAGAACAUGCAUGAAACAUUCCUGGAUACCAUGAAAGCCUUAAAAGCCUACUCGGAGUUCAGGCCCAGAAGCAAGAGUCAGUCAUCUGGCACUAACCCUAUCUCUUUUAUUACAACCAGGAGGUAUCUGGGCAACCUGCCUCCCAGCCAGACAGGCCUGCAGAGAAGGUCCAGGACAGAGAGUGUGGUGGGCACCCCCCCAACAUCAAAGAACAACGCUUUCCGGUUUAGGACCUCCAGUGAGGGUGAAGGUACAAUGACCAGGCCAUUCAGGUCAGUAACUGGUAGCUUGAUCCAUUUAAAUACUGCACGGCUAAAUCUUGGCAAGCAGGAAGGUACCGGCAGGUAUGUCAGGGCACCUUUUAACUCUGGCUACCACUCAAGAUCUGCAUCCUUACCAGUCUCUCACUUUCCCUCUGCUACAAGUCCGAUAAGCGUUUGUUCCAGUAGUGGUCUUGGCUCUGCUUCUGAUACCCUUACCAGGCCGUCAAGUUCUUCUGUGUGUGGAUCUCCUAGUGAUGGGGGGUUUAUCUCAUCUGAUGAGUAUGGUUCCAGCCCUGGUGACAUAAGGUACUUUCGUGUAAGGAGCAAUACACCUGAUUCAUUGGGCAACACUCCCCCAAUUCAAGAGGAAAACACGCUCAGUGACUACAUGUCAAUGAGUGCCCAAAGCCAUCCUGAUGCUCAGGAUGAUUAUAUGGAAGGAGAUAAAAGUUUUAGGAAAAGGACAUACUCUUUAACUAAACCAAGCAAUGCCAUGCUGCAGCAAAAGCCACAUACAGCCGCUUGCUUAGAUGAAGACUCUGAAGAAAUUAACAAGCAGUUUUUAUACUCUGAAUCACCAAAGUUGAAAGACAACACUCAUCCUGAGGAUUACAGUAAUGGUAUUAUAGAUUCUGUUUGCAACCAAAGCAGGAGUAAAGCCACUGAUGAUGGUUACAUGCCAAUGAUGCCUUCUCAUUCACAUGACAACGACUAUUUACCAAUGGCUCCUAAAAAUGUGUCUGCACCAAAACAAAUAGUUAAUCGGUGUCCUCAGGUGGAAUCAAAAGGGUAUAUGAUGAUGUUUCCAAUUGCUAGUUCACCUGUUGGAAAUGUAGGUACAGGAAGUAUUACUAAGGGUAACCAGGAAAAGGUUACUAAUGGAGGUUACAUGGAUAUGUCAUAUGGAAACUCUUCAUCUGUCAAACAGACUGAUGCUAAUUUGACAAAUGGUUCCAGGGGGUUUAGCUCAUAUUUUUCUUUACCCAGAAGCUUUAAAAGUUCAUCUAAACAAAAUAGUGAUCACAGUGAGUAUGUUCCAAUGUCCUCCCCUGGUAAGUUACUUCAUGUAGGUAUGGACACUUUAAGUGAUGGCACUAAGGAGGCAACACCUAACGGUCUAUCUAAAGUAAGCAUAAAAUCUUCCAAUAUUACAGAUCAAGUUAGUGCUGCAAGGCCCAAUAAACUUUCGUUAGCCAUGAGAGGGAGCAAUACCAUACCAAGGAUGUUUGAUCAUUCUGCUUCUGGUGAACCCACCAGUCCUGGAGAGUAUAUAAAUAUUGACUUUAGUGAUAAGGCUAGUAGCACCCCAUAUUCAUUGUCUGCAGAAGGUUCCCCAUCUUCUUUGGGCUCAAGCUGUGACCAGAGACAAUCCCCCUUAUCUGACUACAUGAGUGUGGAUAUUGAUGUUCAGUCUCCAAAGGCAACAGCAGAACUGUCUAGCUCUCUAACAGACAUUUCAUCUUAUGCAUGCACAAUUGUUUCUAGAAUUCAGCCUAGUGCUGAGUAUGCUAAACUCCCAUGCGGCACAGCCUGUGUCAGCACCACAACAAACAGAAAUGAUGAUUACACUACAAUGACCUUCAAUAUGGCAAUGACUCCUCCAAGGCCCUUUUCUAAUGAGACAGAGAAUGGUACAAACAUUGACAGUCCUUCAUCUAUUGUGAACUGUUUGUGCAUAGAUGAGAUGUCACCCUUUCGUAGUAGUUUUCCUCCUCUUCCCAACCCUCCAUCUGAAUCCAUAGCUGGUCCUAAAGUUAUCCGCGCCGAUUCCCAAGGCCGGCGGCGGCACAGCUCUGAGACUUUUUCUUCUGCAAGCACAGUGACCACUUCCUCAUCCUGCUUCACUGAAAGUGGCAAAAGGCACAGUUCUGCUUCGUUCGACAACGUUUGGUUGAAACCAGAUGAGUGUUGUGGAGAACAAGAAAGUAAAAUGUCCAGGAAUUGCUCAACAGGGUUUCAGAAUGGCUUAAACUACAUCGCCCUGAGCAUGCAUGAUGGCGUCAGUGACUCUACGUCGCCUGCGUGUCACCAGCAUCCAAAUGGGAGCAGAAACUUGGAGAGCGGGGCUUAUGUCAGCAUUGACUUCUCAAGGUCUGACUGUUUGAAGUGCCCGGCCCUCAGAAAAGACUAAGAAUGUUGCCAUGGAAACCAAUAGAGAAGAAUGUGUCACCCCCAGCCUUUUCUGCUGGAAAACCCAAAUAAGGUGACUGGGAAAGACAGAACGCAGCGACAUAAAGCUCCAAGUCGUGUUGAAUUUCAAACGGAUUCGUCCCCUGCCCCCCCCCACACAUUAUAAAUGAACUGCCGUUUAAAGCUUAUUUAAUGUGUUUGCAAAGGAAUCCUAUUUUUCUUUUCGCGAUAUACAUAUUUUUACGAAAAAGGAUGAAUUUCUCAAGGCACGUCUUAAAAGUUUUUUUUGCGUAUGAAAGAUUGUUUUCGCAACGCGGCUCCGACAUGUAAAAUGGGGUAGAAAACGCUUCCAUGUCGCACUUUUGAUGCCGUUUUACUGCACAGGUCUGUUUUAUGAGCCUUUCAGAGAGGUGCCGCCCAGCGGAAGAAGACGACGGAGACUUUAAGGAAAGUGACUGCUUUGUGGUUGAUCUAUAUAUAAGUUCUAAUUUUCUGGUACAAAAAGAAUAUUAAAUAUGUAAAGUUAACAAAA